AUGGCACCUCAGAAGCGCGUCAGAUACGAUGAAGACGAGGAGGCAACCACAGUGGAAAGCGCCAGUUCCGCAUUACGAACCGGCAGUCUAAACAAGAGAGCGCGGCUAUCAUCUGCCCACAGUGCAUCGGAGUCCCGACAGCAAAGUGCUUCGCCAUCUUCAGAGAGCGAGUCGGACGAGGAACUUCCCGAUGCCAUCGAGGACAAUGGACAAGAGGCGCCACCAACUACACAAUACGAGUCUAUACGCGACGCAGACUGGAGACAUCUUGCAAACCCCGACCUGGACGAUGCGAUUGCAGAGAAGAGGAUCUUGGCAAAAAAUCGACGGGUGGGCGAGAACCGGGCCAGCGAAAACGCUAUCAUUGAAGAGAUCACCUGCUACAAUUUUAUGUGUCACACGAGACUGAACUGCAAGUUGGGACCACUCAUUAAUUUUGUUGUUGGUAUGAACGGUAGUGGGAAAAGCGCCGUCCUUACUGCCAUCACACUCUGUUUAGGCGGUAAAGCAGCUGCCACAAAUCGUGGUGCCAGCCUCAAGAGCCUCAUCAAAGAGGGCACGGAAUCCGCCAAAUUAGAAAUCAGACUGAAGAAUGAAGGCAAUGACGCCUACCAGCCAGAUAUCUACGGAAAAUCAAUCAUCAUCGAGCGCCAUUUUUCAAAGACUGGGAGCAGUGGGUUCAAGCUCAAGAAUCAUGCAGGGCGAAUCAUAUCCUCCAAGAAGGGCGACGUUGAUGAUCUCGUCGAGUACUACCAGCUACAGGUAGACAAUCCAAUGAAUGUUCUGACACAAGACGCUGCCAAGUCCUUCAUCACCGCUUCGACACCAGCUCAGAAGUACAAGUUUUUUGUUGAAGGUGUGCAACUCGAGGCCUUGAAUAAUGACUAUAAGAUUGUACUGGACACUUGUGAGCAAAUUGAUACAAGACUUCAGGAUUCGAUAGACGACAUCAAGCUCCUCAAGAAGAAGUUAGACGAUGCGCAGGCUAAGCACAAGGCCGUCAAUGAGCGUAAUGAAAUGAAAUCGGAGCUGAGACGACUUGGGGGAAAACAUGCGUGGUCACAAGUACGUGAUCAGGAAGUCAAACUUGCUGAAAUCGACCAGAAACUUGCAGACCAUCAACAACAAAUCAAUGACGCCGAGGCUAGGGUAACUGAGAAGGACGAGAACUUCCAAAAGGCAGAAGAUCUUUUGACCCGUCAUAAAGACGCUUGUACACAAUUGCAAGACGAACUACCUGCCCUGAAGGAGGAGGAGGAGAAGGCCCGAAGUGUCCAUGAAACGGCGACGAAGGAUGUAGCUGCGAUUCACACUCAGCACAAGAUUAUCAGCGACGAUUUGAAGUCGGCACUUAAAAGCGUCAAAGCUGUCCAGGAUGCGAUCAAGGCGGAAGAGAAGCGUUUGGAAGAUGCUAAUGGUGGUGUACACGCUCAGAAGGUUCAAGAUCUUGCCGAAGCCAAGGAGACUCUCGAAAAUGCCAAAGCAGAAUUUCUCCGGAGCGAAGAAGCGCGCCCGCAAUUGGAGGAAAACUUACGCAGUGCAAGUGCCACAGCCAGGAAUCUGGAAACUCCUUUGCAACAGAGGACCGAGGAGUUCAAUAAUGCAAAAACCAAGUUAACCCAUUUGGAUUCGAACCAAGGGGAUCAGCUGGCAGGCUUCGAAAGAGCCAUGGCCGGAGUGUUGCAGAUCAUCCAAAAUGAUCGCGGGUUCCGAGAGAAGCCCGUAGGUCCUGUGGGACUGCACAUCAAACUUUUGCAGCCUAAAUGGUCCAAUGCCAUAGAAUCAAAAAUGGGCGCUGCUUUAUCCGGGUUCGUCGUGACAAGUAAGCCUGAUCAGUUGAGAUUGUCAGACAUACUUAGGAAGAACAAGAUGGGAUGGUGCCCAGUAUCAAUAGUGAAUGGCCCUCCUCUAGACCUCUCAGGCAAUGAGCCAGAUCCCCAGUAUGAUACGAUCUACCGGGUAAUGAGUAUUGACAACGAGCUUGUCAAGCGGCAACUGAUCAUCGGAUAUGCGAUCGAACAGACCAUAUUGAUUGAAAGUCGGUCUCAAGCCAUAAGCGUCAUGUAUGAUGGCCCAAGACCGAGAAACGUGAGGCAGUGCUUUGCCAUGCAUGAUAGUAAACGUGGUUUCGGUCAUCAGCUCUCAUUUGGUCCACGGAAUUCAAGAGAGCUUGCCCCAAUCCACCCUCCAAAGGGUCGGCCGAAAAUGAGAACCGAUCGUGCAAGCCAGAUAAACAACCAGAGGGAGAUCGUGGACCACCUCGAGCGUCAGAAGAAAACACUCGCUGAUGAAUACGAAAGAGCCAGACAAGAGGCUGGCCGAUGCAAGGCCGCAAUUCAGCAACACAUAAAAGAAAAUAAGACGCUUAAGAUCGCCUGUCAAAAGGCAGAAGCAAAGGUUGAGGACAUCGAGGGCGACCUUCAGAACCUGGGCGGGGAUGAUGGACAACUCGAUUCCCUCAAGCAAGAAUUGGAGAGCGCGGAGAAACAAAAGGCAAUUUGUGAGGAUGCUUACGGUGGCGCAAGUCUCGAAAAGCAGCAUCAGAAUAGUCUCUCGACUGAAAAAAAACGAGCCUUAGAUGCUUCCAGGGCCCGAGUGGUGGAAUUGGAAGCGCAGAUAUUAAAAGCCCGGGACAAAGUGAACAGGACCGAAAAGGUUCGAAACCAUUGUCUCUCUGCAAAGAACCUCGCGGUGGAGAGCCUUGAAGAUCUAGAAUACAAAAAGAUACAGAUUGAAGAUGAGCGUACCGCGCAGGCCAAGUCUAUUGCCGAAGACUUCGUGGUGCAAGCCGAGAAAUAUGGCCCGCGGGUGCAACUCGGUCCAGGCGACACUACGAAGGCUCUCGAGAAACGUUGCGAGAGCCUCCAUUCACAGUUGUCGGCUUACGAGAGAGCGCAAGGCGGUACUGAUCAGGAGAUCCACGAAGCAGCCAUUGAAGCAUUGAACAUCUUCCGCAAUGCAAAAAGACAGAGAAAGGGCCUUGAAGAGCUCUUGUCACUCCUCAAGCAGUCGUUCGUUGACAGAAUGGAACAGUUCAGGAAAUUUCAGAGACAUAUCUCCGCCAGAUCCCGAAUCAGCUUCAGCUAUCUCCUCAGCGAGCGAGCUUUCCGUGGAAAACUUACUAUUGACCACAAGGCCAAACUCCUCGACGUCCACGUAGAGCCGGACGAGACAUCGAGAAGUGGCAAAGGUCGUCAGACCAAGACCCUUUCUGGCGGCGAAAAAUCCUUCUCGUCCAUUUGUCUGCUUCUCUCUCUUUGGGAGGCAAUGGGUGCUCCGCUACGAUGCCUGGACGAAUUCGAUGUUUUCAUGGAUGAUGUUAACCGAGAUGUUAGCACCAAGAUGAUCAUCAGCGCUGCUCGCAAAGCAGUUGGACGACAAUUCAUCCUGAUUACCCCCAAGGCAUUGGGUGCUGGUAUCGGGAAGGCUGACGACGUGCGAAUUACCAAGUUAUUGGAUCCUCGACUCAACCAAAAGCAGAUUGAUGAGAUGAUUCAGCGUCAGCGCGAUGGAGAAGCUGGGGAUUGA